CCACAAUUUGUUUCUUGAUCAACAGUAAAGAACGUAAGGAAGAAAACUACUGGUUAGUGCCGGCAAGCCAGGCAGUCCUUUUAUAUAUAUAUGCCCUUUCGGUUUCUUUCUCUUCAAUCCCUCACCAAUCAAUUCCUCCUCCAAAGAUUACGCUUUUAUUGCUCCCCUUAUCCUCCCUCCUUCAUAACAUACACUCCAUUUAUCAUUUUCCCAUCUCCAUCUCCAUCUUCCUGUCUCUGUCCCCGCCUCCAUUAUUGUGUGUAUAAAUUUUGUCGUGAGCAUUUUCAAUGGCCACGAAUAUUGGAAUGAUGGACAGCGGGUACUUUGUUGGGAGGAAUGAGAUACUGAAUUGGAUUAAUAACAGGCUUCAGCUCGAUCUCUCUCGCAUUGAAGAGGCCGCAUCUGGUGCUGUGCAAUGUCAGAUGCUUGAUGCAACCUAUCCUGGAGUUGUUCCAAUGCACAAGGUGAAUUUUGAUGCGAAGUCAGAAUAUGAUAUGAUCCAAAAUUAUAAGGUUCUGCAGGAAGUAUUCAACAAGUUGAAAAUUGAUAAGCAUAUUGAAGUCAACAGGCUAGUUAAAGGAAGACCUUUGGACAACUUGGAGUUCUUACAAUGGCUGAAACGAUACUGUGAUUCUGUAAAUGGUGGCAUUAUGAACGAGAAUUAUAACCCUGUUGAGCGAAGGGGUAAGGGUGUGAAGGAGAGGAAUCCUAAGGGUUCUCAGAAGCAUCCAAAAUCACUGCAAACAAACAAUAUGGACAAUCCUGGUUCUGAUGACACAAUUGGUCUUGAUAAGGCCUUGGGCUUCAGGCAAGGAAAGAAACAUGCAGCAGCAGGUCGAGCAAAUUCUUCCAGGGAGGUUCAGGCUUUGUCUGAGGAGAUUGCUGGUCUUAAGCUCUCAGUCGAUCUUUUGGAAAAAGAAAGAGACUUUUACUUUGCAAAAUUAAGGGAUAUAGAGGUUCUCUGUCAGAGUCCUGAACUAGAGAAUCUCCCAGUUUUAUCCAAAGAGGGUGAAGAUCAGUCGCAUGAUAUACUCACAGGUUUAUGUGUUUUAUUGAUGUCUGUCGCAAUUAAAAUGAUAUUGUAUGCUGCUGAUGCAAAGGAAUCUGCACUUGCCCAAGCUGAGGAUUACCUCACACAGUUUACAAAUGCUGAAACUAAAGCAGAAAAUGAUGCCUAAGUUUGUCGACUGACAAAGGAGACCCUUGCUUGUAAAAAAUUGUGCGACAUAAUCAACAUGCGACAUAAUCAACAUCUCUCCGUGCUUAUCAUUUUGGUACUUCUUAAGAAGAUAUAAAUGGAGAUUACAUCGUCUUGUGUUUACUGGAAUUCUAGAGGUUUUGGUCUUGGUUUUCCACGGUUGUUUUUGGGUUUUCUUUUGAAACACUGGUUUGUCUAGUUCUAUAUUUAUGCUUUUCUUUUAUUAUGCAAAGUUGUCAAAUUUAUGUUCUUAUAAAUUUGCCUGUAACUCAUGUUAGAAAUGAAUGUGACCUCUUUGCAAGAAUCAUUGACAUUGUGCCAUCCAGGAUUCAACCCAUAUUUGAGACCAUUAA